AUGACAGAUUUUGUCAACUCCAAUACUCCAACUACAUUAGCUCCUGUGGAGCGUGUUUUUUCACAAUCAGAUUUUGGGUUUCGACCACAUCAUAGUAGUAUGACAAAGAAUAUGCUUUCAAAAUUAACAUUGUUAAAAUCACUAUUAUCCGAAUGUUAUCGAUCUACAGAAUUUUCCCGACAGUUUUGUCGUUUAAUCAAACAAGCACUAAUCCAGUCAAAUAGUUGUGUCAAAUUGAAGGAAUAUUUUUAUACUGUUAACAUUCCACCAGAACGAAAUGAAAUUCAACUGGUCUCCAAUUGGACUUGUACAGAAUACAUUAAUAGACUGUGGACAUCCAUUGUAUUGCAUCAUUUGUCACUUCAAAUACGAUACGAAAACUCUUGGGCAUGGUUGUCAACUCUCGGUGGUGGACACUCAUGUCUCGGUGAAACAAUUUUAACACACGCAUUGCGUGCAGAGAAAAUAUCCAAAGAUCAAUUAUGUUUAGCUCGUGAUAUCGGAGAUCCAAAUGCCAUAAUUAAAUGCUAUUUAUUUAUAGCUUUAAGUUAUUUACAACAAAAAAGAUUUGAAGAAGUCAGUAUCAUAUUACGUUUUCAAUAUCGUUGUAUACAAUCACCAAAUAUAACUGAUCCUCGUUUACCCAUUAUGUGUCGAGCUCUAUGGAGAAAAAUGAAAUAUGCACAGAAACAAGUUCAGCAUUGA